UGAAGUGACAUCACCCCACCGCUAGUAGCCUGCUCGGAGUGUUUCUCUUCGUUCCGUCUACAUGCAUUCAUUUUCGUUUCGAUAAAGGAGGUGUAGUUUAUCCGAUUCUUGCUGCUAAAAGGGGUUGGACAAAAAUAUUUUCCCAUCAUGAACAACUGCAAUAGCUUCGUCAACAUGGCGUCGAUAGGAGAUUUCGACCCUCUCAAUGCUUCCAUCCCCGCCACCAAAGUUGAAAUCACGGUGUCUUGCAGAAAUCUGCUGGACAUGGAUACCUUCUCCAAGUCAGAUCCAAUAUGCGUUCUGUACACACAAGGCAUCGGCAAUAAGGAGUGGAGAGAGUUUGGAAGGACAGAGGUGAUUGAAAACACUCUCAACCCAGAGUUUGUUCGUAAAUUCAUCUUGGAUUAUUUCUUUGAGGAACGACAGAAUCUGAGAUUUGACCUGUAUGACGUCGACUCAAAGAGCCCCAACCUGUCAAAACAUGACUUCCUUGGCCAGGCGUUCUGUACGUUGGGAGAGGUGGUGGGAUCGCUGGGCAGCCGCAUGGAGAAACCUCUCGUGGGCAUUCCUGGAAAGAAGUGUGGAAACAUCAUUGUUAAGGCAGAAGAGAUGGGAAACUGCAGGGAGUCAGUGAUGAUGCAGUUCUGUGGGAAUAAACUGGACAAGAAAGAUUUCUUCGGCAAGUCAGACCCUUUCCUCGUAUUCUACCGCAGCAAUGAAGAUGGAACGUUCACAAUCUGCCAUAAGACAGAGGUGGUGAAGAACACACUAAACCCAGUGUGGCAGGCCUUCAAGAUACCUGUCAGAGCACUCUGCAAUGGAGACUACGACAGAACGAUCAAGAUAGAAUGCUACGACUGGGACAGAGAUGGAAGAAGCCAUGACUUCAUAGGAGAGUUCAGUACCAGCUACAGAGAGCUGUCCAGAGGCCAGUCCCAGUUCAAUGUGUAUGAGGUGGUAAAUCCGAAGAAGAAAGGAAAAAAGAAAAAAUACCUAAACUCUGGAACGGUAACACUGCUCUCAUUCCUGGUGGAUAUAGAAGUCACCUUCCUCGACUACAUCAAAGGAGGGACCCAGAUAAAUUUCACAGUGGCGAUUGAUUUCACCGCUUCAAACGGCAACCCAGCCCAGCCCACCUCCCUCCACUACAUGAGUCCCUACCAGAUGAAUGCCUAUGCCAUGGCCCUGAAGGCUGUAGGGGAGAUCAUCCAGGACUAUGACAGUGAUAAGAUGUUCCCUGCUUUGGGCUUCGGAGCCAAGCUGCCCCCCGACGGACGGGUCUCACAUGAGUUCGCCCUGAAUGGCAACCCCCAAAACCCAUACUGUGCAGGUAUAGAUGGAGUGAUGGAGGCAUAUUACCAGAGCCUGAAGUCUGUCUGCCUCUACGGCCCAACCAACUUCUCUCCUGUCAUCAACCAUGUGGCCAGGUAUGCUGCGUCAGUGAAGGAUGGCUCUCAGUACUUCAUCCUCCUCAUCAUUACAGAUGGAGUCAUCUCAGACAUGGCCCAGACCAAGGAGUCCAUCGUCAACGCAUCGUGUCUUCCCAUGUCGAUUAUCAUCGUAGGGGUGGGACCAGCAGAAUUUGAUGCGAUGAUCGAGUUGGAUGGGGAUGAAGUGAGGAUCUCGUCGAGGGGAAGAUAUGCAGAGAGGGACAUUGUUCAGUUUGUCCCGUUCAGAGACUAUAUCGACCGGACAGGGAACCACAUCCUGAGUAUGGCCCGUCUAGCCAAGGAUGUCCUGGCUGAGAUCCCUGACCAGUUCCUCUCCUACAUGAGGACCAGAGGCAUCAAGCCCUCACCCGCACCCCCUCCCUACACACCCCCAGGGUACCCUGUGCAGAGCCCCGAUGGACACCCAUUAAAUACCCCCCCAGGACACCCCCUGCAGACGCAGAUCUGAAGGGUGCGGAGAUGCCCCCUGGUGCCGAACAACACCUCUUCAAAUCUUUCUUUGUCUCUCUCCUCUCUGCAUCACUAGCUCAGUGAUAGGAGAGGCCUUCUUGGCUCUCUCGCUCUCUCUCAUUGCACUAAUGGAGACUGACUGACUGGCAGAAUGAAUGGCAGGGUUCUAUACGUUUUUACUGAGAGGUUCUAAAGGGUUCUACUUCGGAACGGGUGUAUGGAGUCAACAAGGGUAUGUUUACUUCCAUUGUCUGGACUUCCUGUAUAUCGGCCAAUGGAGACACUCUCUGGGACACACCUGGGAAUACUGGUCUUCCCAACUCACCUGGCAAGGAAUAAAGGAGUUAAGGAAAUGAUGAAGGAAGGAAGGAUGAAAGGAGGAUAGGAAGGAAGUUCCUGGGGACUGGCCUUUUUCAGGAGCAGAGUGGCAAAAAGUUCUAUAGUCUCUGGAUGUGGAAUCACUUGACUGUUGUAAAUAACUGGAACUAUAUUUCCCUCUCUCUCUGGUCUCUCUCUCUCUCUCUCUCUCUCUCUCUACUCUGUCUCUCUAUUCUUCCAACUCUCACUCAAUGUUUACAGUACAUGUUAAUGAUAAUGAUUUUUACCGUUGGAUACUUUUAUAUAAUAUACAUACUUCUUUCAGUAUGAAACUUUGGAAUAUCAAUCAAUAUUCUCUCUCUUUAUCUCUCAGCGUGUUGUCUUUGCCACGGGAGUCAGGUUGAGCUUGCAACAGUGCAGGUCCAAGUAGCCACUGUAAUAUGCUGUACUGUAUUGUACUGUUCUAUACUAUGUGUCCCUUUGCAUGAGUGUAGCAUCAGAGCAUGCAUUGUGGUCCUACACUUCUCUGCCUGUCACUGCUCUCAGGCUUUGGGGUUCCAUGUUUUUAACUUUUAACUCUGUUAUUGAAGCAUAUUCUGCUCCCUUCUAAUCUGCCUUGGCGAUAGGGUGCCCAUGCCAGCCGCACUGCGAGUGCCCACGGGUUUUCUCACUGUGUCGAGAACAACAGUGACUCAACGAACAGCAUAUUCCUUUCCAACCCAUUUAAAUAACAACAGCUGCUCUCAGAUCCAGUUUGAGACAACAGCAGAAGCCCAGUGGUCAAAAACAGCAACACAAAUGCUUUCCUUCUGUUCUUUUGUGUUAUUAUAACAUUUACAUUUUAGUUAUUUAGCAGACGCUCUUAUCCAGAGCGACUUACAGGAGCAAUUAGGGUUAAGUGCCUUGCUCAAGGGCACAUCGAGAUAUUUUUUCUUCACCUAGUCGGCGCGGGGAUUCGAACCAGCGACCUUUCGGUUACUGACCCAACGCUCUUAACCGCUUGUUUAUUGCCUUGGAAGUUGAUAUUCUUAAGAAGAUUGUUUUAAGUUGCCUUGUUAAGGUAAUUGUAUUGUUUUGAGUUGUGCCAAUCAUUAUGUAAUAUGAUUUAAUUGUUAUUGUGUUACGCCCUGAGUGUGUUGGCCCUAGAUGUUGGUGUCUGGUGGUCAUCAUGACAACUUGUUCUUCCUAAAUGUUGUAAUUCUCAUCCCAUAAUACCCACUGAGGGCUAGGAGUUUUUCCUCACAGAGGAAAAACUCCUGGCCCAUAACCAUUAUACCCAGUCAACCCACUCUUACUUCUUACAGCCAGGGUAUCCUCUUCAAUCUGCUGUCUUAAUGGACUUAAGAGUUUAUAUCAACUGCCUUUUCAUUAUUAAUAAUACUAAUAAUUAUUAUCAUAAUAUAACUAUUAGCUAGUGCUUGUAUGGAGGUUGUGGGUAAUUGAUAACCUGAUUGGUUACAUAUCAAUAUCUCAAAUUAACAGACACUAACACCACAUUUAUGUAUUUCGCGUUGUUGCCAUUUGUUGCCAUUUUCAUGUGUGCCACAGUCGGUCUGUUGCCUGUCUGUUGCCAUAUCAUUACUGAUAGACACAUGCCCUUUGCCACAAUUCAACCACAUUCAACCAACUCCUCUCUUUUCUCUCUGUGUAAUUCCUCCUCCUGUCUCACUGCAGCUCAGUGGAUGCAGCCUCACAGAUUAGAAUAGACUGUGUUUUAAUGCUCAAAUAGGAUCAACUCCCAAGCCGAUAAUAUUUGGCAUGGCAGGAGGAGAGGGGGAUAAGUAAAAAAAAAAAAAAGACAUACAGUAGACACAAACUGUAUUUCCAAUCUUUCUUUUCUCUCACAACUUUCACUAAUGUCUUCAGAGUGGCGGCUACUUUCAUCGUGUUUUUCUCACACAUUUGAAAGCAUUCCAUAAUUGCCUCUCUGCAUCUGUAGUUGUAGCUAGUCGUGAGUCUGUGUAUCAUAUGAAACCCUAGCGAAAUCCAUAUAGUGCACCGCAUGGCUCUUGUCAAAAGAAAUGCAGUAUUUGGGGAACAGCUAGCGUGUUAUUUGAAACCCAGCUUGUCUGAGUCUGUGCUACAUUCUCCCACUGUGCUUGUAGCAGAGCAGGAGGUAUCAUUAGGACUUUGGGUCACAGUCUAGAGCUCGUUAUAGGCUCCCAUUAACCACCCACAGGCUACUGACACAGUGUGGACACACGUGUGCCCGUGCAUAUACACAGACACACACGCUCACACACAGACACACAUACAGCUGAGACCAUGGUCACCAUCGUGGACUACUGACGUUGUCAUUUCUUAGUGCUUUCUCAGUUCACACUACUUUGGAAAGGAUCAUUCUUUUCUUUCACAGCUUUGCUAGUGCCACAACUCUUGCCAUCUGCUUGCCAAGCCGUGUGCGUGCGUGCGUGCGUGCCGCCAGAGUUUUUAACAGACCAUGUCAGUUCACACACGUGAUCUUUGUUUACUAAAGUUAUCCAAAUAAUAUAUUGUAUGCUCAUCAUAUCUACUUAUAACGUGCACUAUGUUUGCAUGUACAGUUUUACAUGAGAUGCACUAGUUCUUUUUGUUAUAAUUGAGUGUUUUGGAAAGUAAAAUCUAUGAAAAUAACUACAAAAUGGCCUUAAAAACGUUCACUGAUUUCUUGGAAUUUGUGCGAUGCCUUCAGAUACUGAAUUGUUAUUGAAUUGUUCUCUAUUUUGUGUCAGUGUACAAUAUUUGCUUUUUAGUGUAUAUUUUCUUUGCAUAACUUCAUUUUUGGGGAGAACAAUAUAUUGUAUUUUUGGAAUCAGUGGUAAAUCAGAUGAAAGCAUGACUGAAGUUCUGAUUGUCUGGUAAUCCAUAUUAUAGAUGACUAUUUCUGUAUCAAACUACCGAUUUUUAAAUAAACAUUCUUACUAAACACUAA